CGACCUCAUUGCCAGGUAGACCAAGAGUCUCUCGACAGUGCCUGGAAUCCCGAGGUGCUCCGAUGGCCCGUGGCGCUAAGCCCUGAGGGGACAGUCGGCUAGCUCGCUAGCGCCGAACGGACAGAUGGGCUCCACAUCAGCAAGACCGACCGGAGUGAGCUUUUUGGACGCACCUGCAACCUCAGAUUGGAAACUUUUCUUAAAGGCAUUGUCGUCACCAUCAACCCCCCAGCCUCUAAUCUCUUGUUGUCGUCUAGCCUUUCUGUUCUCUACCCUGACAAAAAGAUAGUCAAGAUGUUCGCCGCUCCUCGUAUGGCUUCCAUGUUCCAGCGCCGCGCCUUCUCGGCGUCGGCCCGUCAGCUGUCCAAGGUGACCGUCCUCGGUGCUGCUGGUGGCAUUGGCCAGCCUCUGUCCCUGCUGCUCAAGCUCAACCCCAGAGUGACCGAGCUCGCCCUGUACGACAUCCGCAUGGCUCCGGGUGUUGCUGCCGACAUCUCCCACAUCAACACCAAGUCCACCGUCACCGGCUACGACCCUACCGCCUCCGGUCUGGCCGACGCCCUCAAGGGUGCCGAGGUCGUCCUCAUCCCCGCUGGUGUCCCCCGCAAGCCCGGCAUGACCCGUGACGACCUCUUCAACACCAACGCCUCCAUCGUCCGCGACCUGGCCAAGGCCGCCGCCGAGGCCUCCCCCAACGCCAACAUCCUCGUCAUCUCCAACCCCGUCAACUCCACCGUCCCCAUCGUUGCCGAGGUCUUCAAGGCCCGUGGCGUCUACAACCCCAAGCGCCUGUUCGGUGUCACCACCCUCGACGUCGUCCGCGCCUCCCGCUUCGUCUCCCAGCUCAAGGGCACCGACCCCGCCGAUGAGAACAUCACCGUCGUCGGUGGCCACUCCGGUGUGACCAUCGUCCCCCUCUUCUCCCAGUCCGCCCACCCCGACCUGUCCUCCAACGAGGAGAUCGUCAAGCGCGUCCAGUUUGGUGGUGACGAGGUCGUCAAGGCCAAGGACGGUGCCGGUUCCGCCACCCUCUCCAUGGCCAUGGCUGGUGCCCGUAUGGCCGAGUCCCUGCUGCGCGCCGCCCAGGGCGAGAAGGGCGUCGUCGAGCCUACCUUUGUCGACUCCCCCCUGUACAAGGACCAGGGCAUCGACUUCUUCUCUUCCAAGGUCGAGCUCGGCCCCAACGGUGUCGAGAAGAUCCUGCCCCUUGGCAAGAUCGACGCCAACGAGGAGAAGAUGGUCGAGGCCUGCCUUGCCGACCUCAAGAAGAACAUCGAGAAGGGUGUUGCCUUCGUCGCCAAGAACCCCGGCAACUAAGGCUCUUUGCGGCCAACACUCGAGCCGGUGGAAUGGAUCAGACGUGCAGAACCGCUGGUAAUCUUGACUGUGUCGGUUGUGUGAUGGGAGACGGCUGUUUCUGGAUCCUUGAUUCCUGCGUUUCCUUGACCGGAAUAUCCCAGACUUGUGAUUGUGGAUUUGGAUCCGAUGUUUCGAAAAAGAGGCAAGAUAAAACGGGGGAGAGCGAGAGAAAGAGCUGCUACUUUCUGCGUAGUCAGUCUAGUCUUUAAUUCUUUUUCGAUCUUCUAUCGGAGAUGCAAAUAGACGACAGCUGCUUGUACAAUAGCACAAUGUUUCCCGAGGCUCCAGCUCGACUGUGAGAACGUUCUGUGACGGGAAAGAGCCUGCCUCAGGAUGAUCCCAUGGUUUCUGGUCAAGCCCAUUCACCUCCCGCAGUCCAUGGCUUUGUGUAAUGAAUUCAAGCUACCGGAAGGCUGUAGAUGCCUCCCCGGGACAGCGCACUUAUGACUUGAAGGCGUGGAGCGAAACAGAUUUGUUGGUG